AGCCUUUUGAGCGAUUCAACAAUGUUAGCUGUUAUUUAUGUAUUGUAAUGUAUAUAGAUACCCCUGCACGUGUAUGCUUUGGUGCCAUUAAGUACAUAUUUCACGAGUUAGUAGGGCAGCUCGUGCUGUCAACAAGAGGAAAUGACAUGACAACGUCAAGAGCGUGAGUUUGGAGUUUCAAUCCAGCUCGGAGAGUUACCAGCCCGCAUUGCUGCCAGCAGAAGUGUACACUUUCUCUGAGAAACAAAGAAUCGUUUUGGAAGAAAGUGAACAUACAUUAGCUAUAAUAUUCAACUUGAACAUACGAUUUUCGUAUGCCAUACGUCUACUGAGUUAAUGGAAAUGGACCGGAGGCCAGACGUGGAAGCAGUGCUUCUGCCCCUUUAGAGAAACGGGGUUAUCACCACACAAAAAUAGCUACUUCUCAUCGAAUGAGACGGACGUGUAUUUGCUCAAGCUAAAUAGUUAACUACGUAAAUGUAAAGUGGAGUAGCUAGGUGUUGACGAGCUAUCCAGCCGGUUCAAUAGCUGUCAUGGAUAUCUUUCCAAGACCUAGUGGAGAAAUCCAAAGAAAAAAUCCACAGCAGGAUUUUGAACUAAUUCAAAGAGUCGGGAGCGGCACGUAUGGAGACGUAUACAAGGCUCGAAACAUACAAACAGGGGAGCUUGCUGCGGUCAAGAUUAUCAAACUGGAACCAGGAGACGACUUCUCCAUCAUCCAGCAGGAGAUCUUCAUGGUGAAGGAAUGCAUGCACCACAACAUUGUGUCCUACUUCGGUAGCUACCUGUGCCGGGAGAAGCUGUGGAUCUGCAUGGAGUACUGUGGUGGAGGAUCCCUGCAGGACAUCUAUCACGUGACUGGCCCUCUUUCUGAGCCCCAGAUAGCCUAUGUCUGCAGAGAGACCCUACAGGGUUUGGGGUAUCUACACAGCAAAGGCAAGAUGCACCGGGACAUCAAGGGUGCUAAUAUCCUUCUAACAGACCAUGGGGACGUGAAGUUAGCCGACUUUGGAGUAGCAGCCAAAAUAACAGCCACCAUUGCCAAGAGGAAGUCCUUCAUUGGGACUCCUUACUGGAUGGCCCCGGAGGUGGCCGCGGUGGAGAAGAACGGAGGGUACAACCAGCUGUGUGACAUCUGGGCCGUGGGCAUCACCGCAAUAGAACUGGCUGAGCUGCAGCCUCCCAUGUUUGACCUGCACCCAAUGAGGGCUUUGUUUCUCAUGUCAAAGAGCAGCUUUCAACCUCCCAAACUAAAAGACAAAACUAAAUGGUCCACAGCCUUCCAGAACUUUGUGAAAGUCACUCUGACCAAGAACCCUAAGAAGAGGCCAACAGCAGAGAAGCUGCUCUCGCAUGUGUUUGUGGGUCAUACGGGCCUGACCCGCCGGCUAGCCGUGGAGCUGCUGGACAAGUUGAACAACCCAGACCACCACCAGCCCUUCUCUGAGGUGGACGACGACGAUCUCGAGCCUCUGCCAGUGGUGAGACAUACCAUCCGCUCCACCAACAAACACUCCAGAGCCGAGAGAACUCGCUCCGAGAUCAACUCAGCAGACAGCGAGGCGUUGGCUGGAGGUCCAGGACUGCUGUGUCCCAGCCCUAGCCCCUCCGUGUAUCCCAUCUACCCUGUGUGUUCUGCGGAGGACAGGAGGGACCCAGGAAAAGUAAUUGCACAUCUGAAGAUACUCGUUUCAGUUGAUAAGGUCCAGUUUGAUCCCCCACUGCGGAAAGAAACGGAGGCUCACUCUGAAAUGGAUGUGACCCGAGGGGGCGACUAUCCAUCCCACUGGAGCCCAUUCCCUGAGGGAGGCAUCACGUCCAGGGGGCACAUGGCGCAUCUGGAAGAUGCCUUUGAAGACGUGGAACUCUCCACCCUCAAGCCUGGAAUACCCCCUCCUCUACCUCCCAAGCCCCGCCUGAACAGUUCGUCAGAUGAGUUGGGUCUGAAUGAUGAGCGGUGCUCGACCAUCCGGAGGUUUCCAGGCUCCGAGAACGGUCCUGGUCUGGGCGUGAACCCUCGGAGACUGAGCACCCCGGAGCAAGGCAACAAGAUGGAGCACUCCACCCCAGAUUACCUGUCGGUCAGCGUCAGUAGCCCCGGCCUGCUCACCACGUCCUCAGACCCCGAUAACGACGACUCUGAUGGAAGUCAGAAUGGGGACAGUCCCAAGACCACUCCCAGCCGGCCACGCGGGAAGGACAAGAAAGACUUCCCGAAACCAGCUAUCAACGGCCUGCCGCCCACACCUAAAGUCCUGAUGGGUGCCUGUUUCUCCAAAGUGUUUGAUGGCUGCCCACUGAAAAUCAACUGUGCUACUUCGUGGAUACACCCUGAUACCAAAGACCAGUACCUCAUAUUUGGGACAGAGGAUGGGAUCUAUACCCUCAACCUGAAUGAGCUGCAUGAGGCCACCAUGGAACAGCUGUUCCCCAGGAAGUGUACCUGGCUCUACAUCAUCAACAACAACCUGAUGUCUCUGUCUGAAGGAAAAACUUUCCAGCUGUAUUCUCACAACUUGAUCGGCCUAUUUGAACAGCUGAAAAAACCUGGCCUGGCCUCUCAGUUCCACACACACCGUUUCCCUGACAAGAUCUUACCCAGGAGGUUUGCCUUGACAACUAAGAUCCCUGACACAAAAGGCUGCCACAAGUGCUGCAUCGUGAGGAACCCUUACACUGGUCAUAAGUACCUGUGUGGAGCGCUGCAGUCUGGCAUCGUCCUGCUACAGUGGUACGAACCCAUGCAGAGGUUCAUGCUCAUCAAGAACUUUGACUUCCCGCUGCCCAGCCCCCUCAAGGUGUUUGAGAUGCUGGUGGUCCCAGAGCAGGAGUAUCCCAUGGUGUGUGUGGCCAUCAGCCAGGCCACAGAGCCAGGACAGGUGGUCCGCUUCGAGACCAUAAACCUAAACUCCUGCUCCUCCUGGUUCACUGAGAUGGGCUCAACCGGUCAGGCGGUGGACGCCAUCCAUGUGACCCAGCUGGAGAGGGACACCGUACUAGUGUGCCUGGACAAAAAUCUCAAGAUUGUUAACCUCCAGGGAAGAUUAAAGUCCAACAAAAAGCUGGCGUCAGAGCUCAGCUUUGACUUCACCAUUGGAUCUGUUGUGUGCCUUCAGGACAGUGUUCUGGCCUUCUGGAAGCACGGCAUGCAGGGAAAGAGCUUCAAGUCCAAUGAGGUCACCCAGGAGAUUUCAGAUCCCAGCAGAGUUUUUCGCCUGCUUGGCUCUGACAGGGUGGUGGUCCUGGAAAGCCGGCCUACGGACAACCCCACAGCCCUCAGCAACCUCUACAUCCUGGCUGGACACGAGAACAGCUACUAGCCCCCCGACCUGGAACCCUGUCUGGCACCUGGAUGGAUGACCGUUACUUGCCUCGUCUGGCCCUAAACCUGGCCCCUGUUAGCUGCCGCUGGCCCUCUAUUCAAACCCUGGAACUUUGAGUCUCAAUGGAUUGGUCAACCCAUAUGUUUCCUUUCUGAUUGGUAAAGAUUUGCCAGAGAGUGGAUGUGUGUAACCAGCAAACUUUCAGCGACCAUAUCAAUCAACCCUUCACUUCCUCUGUCCAGCAAAAGAGAACAGCCAGGAUUCAACAUAGAACUUUGUUACCAAACGCCGGAACCAGUUACUGAAUACACAAACAAAAAGGUCACAAACCAAAAGGUCAGACCAGGCAAAGAUUCUCCUCCUUCCUCAGCACAAAUCUUCCAACAAAUAGCCUUAUGCCGUUGCAAAUGAGCAGCUACGCCCCCCCUCCCCUCUAGACCCC